AUGGAGGACCCCAGAGCAGUGCUUGCAAAGCGCUACUUCGCCUAUCCCAAUUCGCUCGACCCAAUGACGCCGACAUUCAAGAAGGGCUUGAUACCAUUGGUCAUAUUCGCGAUGGCCUCACUGGUAUCCGUCUUCGCACUCCUCUGCUUCAUUACCUGGAGGCUUAUUGGAUGGAGAAAGAGUUAUAGAGAAUAUGUUGGGGGCAACCAAUACAUACUCCUGAUCUUCAAUUUGUUGAUAGCGGACUUUCAACAAAGUAUCGCAUUCGUGAUAACCUUCCAUUGGUUGAAGCUACAAAAGAUCUUGGCACCUACGGCACCUUGCUUCGUUCAGGCUUGGUUCUUACAUCUCGGAGACGUUGCGAGUGGAUUUUUCGUGUUGGCCAUCGCGGUUCAUACUUGGCUGGGUGUAGUGAAGGGAUAUCGAAUGCGCUACGGCUGGCUGGUUGUGUUGAUUGUCGGUAUCUGGGCUUUGGCAGUGCUCCUGACUGUCUUGGGACCUGCAAUGCACGGCAACCGCUUCUUUGCCCGAGCGGGGGGCUGGUGCUGGGUAUCCGUUGACUUUGAGCCUGAACGGCUGUGGCUGCACUAUCUGUGGAUAUUCAUCGUGGAGUUUGGAACCAUGGCAAUCUAUGGGCACAUCUUCUUCCAUCUCAAGGGCCGUCUCAGAAGUAUCAUCAACAAUGACACCAGCAAGCUUUCCCGCGCCACCAAAUUCAUGAUCCUCUAUCCAGCCGUCUACGUCUUCCUCACUAUGCCCUUAGCCAUAGGCAGAAUGGUGUCUAUGGCAGGAGUAACAUUACCCGACACCUUCUUCUGCAUCGCCGGCUCGUUCCUCACAUCCUGCGGCUGGGUCGACGCCCUGCUCUAUACCCUGACCCGCCGAGUCUUCGUCAACUCAGACGUCUCCGGCCACGCAUACAACCGCACCACCAACACAGGCGGCAAUAUCAACGUCGCACGCGCCGGUGACGACUACGGCUUGCACACCAUCAACAAAGAGGUCGGACGGACUGUCACCAUCGUCGGUGGAACCAACCGCCUUUCGCGCAUGGUGGAUAAGAAAAGGAGGGGGCAUGGCCUGACCGAGCAUAGCGCUUCAGGGUCGCAAGACUCGAUCAUAAAACCGAUUGCAGGGACGAAUGGUAUUGCCAUUGUCACUGAGACCAACAUUCAGGUCGAGUCGGCGUCCGCGCGCGAUAGUGACGAGACGCAACGGCAGGUCAGUGAAGGCGAUCUAGGCAAGCAUGCACAGCCAUGA